UGUGAAAAACUGUGUACUUGUUGUGCUCGAUUUUUGCCUUGUUUAAACUGUAUUAAGUGUAACGAGUCGUCUUGAAUUUAUGUUAUAAUUCACGUUUCAUUCACGUUUUACGUUUUGGCUGACUGCACGAAGGUAAACUGGAUGAAAAUACAGAAAUAAUGAUUGCUGCCACUGAUCCGCAGGAGUUCAUCCCAGGUGGAAGGCAGCAAGCAUUAAGGCAUCCAGGUCCACCGGACCUGGCGCAAAGCUUGAAGAACAAUUCUGCCGAUGAUCUGUUGUCUCACAAAUUCAAGAAAGUAUCCUUGACCGAGGAGUCGAACGAGUGGUGGGCGAUCAGGAAAAGUCCGAACGCGUUUACGGAACGCAAAGAGAAGUUAUCUCUGACACGGGAGCAGGUGAAUAAUGGUAGCAGAAGUUUUUUACCACCUGAGAACAAAUCGCACAGCGAAUUCCUCUACGAUGAUUCGUGGAGCUGCAAAAGCAUGGAAACGAACGUCUCCAAUAAGACGAAUCGCCGGGUUUCCGAUGUCAACGCAUCAAAGUUGCAUCAGAGCAAGCGUUUCUCGUUGGAUGCAGACUCGAAAUGUAGUUCGAAUAAAUCGUAUCUUGGUCAGAGUGGAACACACGAGAAUGUUAAAUUCAAAUCGGAAAUGGGUUACAUGGAGGAGGAACUGUACGUGAAAGGUAAUCUGGUUGUGUGGACCAAAGGGCUUUCUUACAAUUUAUAUGAGAACGCGAGAACUACGAUAUGCUCGUAUUCGUCCGUGCAUCCGGUGAAACACGCCACUUGGAGCACGUUUUAUUGCGAGAGGCCUGAAUUCAAGUCGAUGGAAAACAUGGAGAACAAAGACGACGUACCCUUGGGCGACGCUCUGCAUUGCGUUUGCAUAGUGGACAGUCAAAAUCUGAGGGUGUACACGAUGGACAGUGAAGACUUUAUCACUACUCUGCCAUUCCAAGUGCUUAAAGUUUGGAACACCAAGUUUGGUAUACUUUUGGAGAAGGAGAAUAAUGAACAAAACAGGGAUAUUCAAGCCAGCAUGUUUUCUCUGACGCAUCCGCUGGACGAGGUCAGUCCGAUGGUGAUUUCGAAGCAAGGAUGCACGAACAUCAUCAACGACGAGCAUCUGCAAGUCGUGUACACGUUGGAAAAUCCGAGCAUCUGCAUGAUGUACGACGGCAGCACCGGCCUGCACAGCGUGUAUAGGAUAAGAAGGGUGAAACAGGACGAAUGGAUCGAUACGGCGAACAAAACGAACAACGCGACGCCCUCCGGCUUCAGCAUUUCUAACAAGUUUAAAAGUCACAUGUCUAUGAUCGAGGGCUACAAGAACUGCAUGCCGCCUGGUAUAAGUCCGUUCAGCAGUCGUGCGACUAGCGUGGCCAGCAGUCAUUUUCCGUCCAGUCCUGCUGGCACUCUCAGUCGAUGUCAUACACCUGCUGCGUCUCCACUACCGACGGGGAGUCCUUGGCUGUUGCGCUUGUCGCGUUUGCACAGCUCCAGACUGACCGGCGAUACGAUGAGCACGAUUCCCGACCGCAUGAAUUUGGACACCACCCAGAGCUACAACGCGACGGAUCCGGCCUUUUGCUUGGAUUAUUUAUGGUCCGAGAGCACUUCAAUGCUUCAGGAGGGUAUUUUGAACGGUCCAGCGACCAGCGUUUAUCUGAUAGACGAUCUCAUCGGACAAUGGUACCUGUGCUACUUUGUCCUCAAUCGUUUGCAGCUGUCGAUAGUAAAAAUCGACUUUACAAAUCCGAACUGCAUCGUCUUCGGCAUGAACCGAAGCAUCAGCGCCAAAGAUUCCGUUGCUAUACCGCAUCUCCACAUGCUGGCCAUCCUUGAGCACACGGGAAACGUCGUGCUGUACUCGGGUUUGACGAUCGUCGGGAAACUUCACAUCGGAGGUGUCCUCGCUCAGCAUGUGCCCUCACCUUUCGUAGUUAGAAGGAGUCUGAAACAAUUCACAUCGCCUUUUCCUAGGAGGAGCAGCUUGCUGCCGAGUUCCCAAACUUCGUCGGAAGUUCCGCGCUUCGAUGAUCAUCUACUCUCACCCGUGUUGCCCACAUCUUCCAAGAAUCCCAAUGUACUCCAGUUUCCGCUGCCUGCAGAGAACUACAACUUGGGAGGCGAGAGUGUGAAGACGUACUUGCGCGGUCUGAGAGAUUCAAUAGAAAACAGAGUGACUCUGCAGUAUUCGGACGGAUCAUACUAUAGAGUCAGUCUGCCGCAAAUGGUCUCGACGACGCUGGUAGAGAACUGCUUGAACGUGCUGAGGCAAAUCUUACAGAGCAAUGCAACGAUAACACUGUUAACGCGCUGGUACGCGACGAGAAACUCGCCCGGCACCAUCGAGCUAACCGUGGAGAAAGAAUGGGAGAUGUUCACCGCUCUUCUGCUGGAGCUUCUGGGCUACGAGAACGACCAAAGCAGCGAAGGUGGCCUUGCGGACACGGCGACGACGCCGUCGUGCGCUGCCAAGAGGCAACGGCAAUCCGCUUUCGGCAGCGAAUCCGAUUGGAAACGGCUGCAGCAUUCGGACACGCAUUAUGCGGUCAUAGAUGGCGUCGGGAACGUGCUGAAAUUUACCAAGGAGCCAUACCGGAGGCAGCUCAAGAUCGACAGCGACGUCCACGUGAACAGCAAGUCCAUCCUGUUCACGCACAUUAAGAUUAUCCAGUACUCGUUGCACCUGCUCUACGAAGAUUUGAAGCUGAACACGCUGUGCAAACACGAUCUGCCACUGCUCGCCUCGUUCUUGAGCAAACUGGCAAUGGAUCUGGGAAACAAGUACUACGUGAUGCACUAUUGGCGCGAUUUUCCCGAUCAGUGUCCCAUCUACACAGAUUCCAGCCAGUUCUCCGCUACAGAUCUGAAGAAUGUCAUCCAGUGGUCCGCCAUCACCGACGAGCCCACCAAUAUAUUCGGCCACUUUUCUAGAUUGUUCAACGGAGAAACCACUGACAGUUAUCCGAUCGUCGCCAACGUGAACGUUAGAAGUCGCAACAUGAUGCAGCUGUGCGGUAUUUACAUGCACGGCGUCACCAAGGAGAACGUCGAGUUGAAUUACGAUAAUUUCAUCAAGUACAUCAGUCCACCGGGCGUCAAGUCGAAGGCGCCGGACGCGAAUCUCAAGGUGAAUUACGACGUAACGAACGAUCUGACGGAGCAGAAAGUUGUCCUACUGAUGGCCGAGCUGGGCAUCACAACGCGAGACCUGGAAACGUAUCCGGCGGGCGUGAAUUUCGUACUGCACGAUGCUCUAUGGAGGUGCCGCGAGAAUCCGCCCACCGAUUGGCCACCAGAAGCUUUCAAUUUGCUCCAGAGGCCGGACCUCGCAUCUCAAGCGCAAAUCAUCGAAUCGAAAAAGCCGUAUUCUCAUGCCAAGCAAAAGUAUACAAUGUUCGGGCAGAUAAAUGAAAAUCUUCCGAUCAUCAAUCAGGUGGUGGAAGGCAACCACGAAGACGGGAUGGAGGAUGUCGAUGGUCCUCUGCUGAAACUUCGCUUCUCCGACGAUAUGCGAGUGAGCGAGUGCAGGCGAUGGCUGCAGAGCUCCAAGUCAGUUUCAGUGGAUUUGGUGCAGAGGCCGGACGUUUCCGAUCACGAUUUCAUCGAAGAUCAAGAGAAACAGCUGUACGCGAUCUGCACCCGAACCAUGGCUCUACCCGUUGGAAGGGGCAUGUUUACGCUUCGUACAGCGACACCGGUUAUAACUGAACCGUUACCCAUUCCGCAUCUCUGCCUAACUGGAAAAGCUCCACCCAGAGGUUCGAGCGUCGAGUUAACACACAUCGACACUCCGGCUAACAUGAACCUCUGGCCGCUCUUCCACAACGGCGUAGCGAACGGCCUCCGCAUCGACCCCGACGCCAUGAAUAUCGAUUCCACCUGGAUCAUUUUCAACAAACCAAGGAACAAUAUGGAAACCGUGAUGGAACAUGCGGGUUUCCUGAUGGCGCUAGGACUCAACGGUCACCUAAAGAAUCUGGCCAUUCUUAACACUUUCGAUUACUUGGUCAAAUUCCAGGAAAUGACCAGCGUUGGAAUCCUUUUAGGUUUGUCGGCUGCAAACAGAGCCACCUCGAAUCUGGUCCUAACGAAAAUGUUGGGCGUUCACAUUGAGACUCUGCUGCCGCCUACCUCGAUGGAAAUGGAUGUACCGCAGAAUCUUCAGGUGGCCGCGCUCUUUGGUAUCGGUUUGGUGUAUCAAGGCACGGCGCACCGUCACAUGACCGAGAUACUGCUGACAGAAAUCGGACGGCCGCCUGGCCCCGAGAUGGAGAACAGCGUCGACAGAGAAUCGUAUUCUCUGGCAGCGGGUCUCGCGCUCGGUCUGGUCACGUUGAGGCAAGGCGGAAAGCCGUCCGGCCUCUCCGACUUGAACGUACCGGACACCUUGCACUACUACAUGGUCGGUGGUAACAAGAGGCCUCUGCUGGGUUCGCAGAAGGACAAGUACAAGGUACCGUCCUUCCAAAUCCGCGAAGGUUCGAGCGUCAAUUUGGAUGUGACCGCGCCGGGCGCCACACUUGCCUUGGGUCUCAUGUAUCUGGGAACAGGAAACAAGGCGAUCGCCGACUGGAUGGCUCCGCCGCAGACGCAAUACCUCCUCGACUUUGUUCGUCCGGAUUUUCUGAUGCUUCGCACACUGUCUAGAGCGUUGAUACUGUGGAACGAGAUCAGUCCGGACAAGGAGUGGAUCGAGAAUCAGGUGCCGAACACGAUCAGACCCUACUGCAUGGUCAAACCAUCUCCACUCAUGGACGUCGACUACGAGGGAAUGAACCAGGCGUAUUGCAACAUAAUUGCUGGAGCCUGUUUCGCACUGGGCCUCAGGUUCGCAGGAUCCGCCGAUGAAGUCGCAUUCGCCACCCUGCUGGACUAUUGCCACAUGUUCACCUCGCUCACAUCCAAGUCCAUCGCUGAACUUGCAGGAAAACCGACUAUAGAGACAUGCCUCAAUGUGGUCUUACUUUCUGUUUCUAUGGUGAUGGCCGGAACUGGAAAUCUGGAGAUCAUGAGGAUCGUGCGGUUUCUGCGAAGAAGGGUCGGCAUACUGAGCAGUGCCGUCGUGACGUACGGUUCACAUCUGGCCAUCCACAUGGCUCUGGGACUCUUGUUCUUGGGCGGCGGUCGCUACACGCUCUCCAAUUCACCAGCAAGCGUGGCCGCCUUGAUUUGCGCCUUCUAUCCCAAAUUCCCAACUCACAGCAACGAUAAUAGGUAUCAUCUUCAGGCUUUUCGACAUCUGUACGUGAUGGCCGUGGAGCCGAGACUGAUCAUUCCCAAAGACAUCACCGUGGGCAGGAUGUGCUACGCGAACAUUUGCGUGAUCAAGCUGGACGGAACGACGCUUAAUUUCAGGGGUCCCGGUUUGAUACCGGACUUGAACACUCUGUACAAGGUUUCCAUCAAGGACGAACGUUAUUGGCCCGUUGUCUUCGAGAGGGAACGCAACUGGGAUCAGCUAAUAAAGUUGCUUUCGUCGUGCUGCUGCAUAGAUGUUAAACCUAGGGCAGGUUGUUUAAGUUACACGGAGGAUAAGUUGGGCUUCCAAAGUGAUCUGGCUCACACUCUGAUGAAGUCGAAGGUCGUCCCCUGGGAUCCUCCGCCAAAGGCCAUAGAGUCUUUCUCGUCAGAUUGCGUCGUCAAGUACUUCACCGAUCACUUCCUCAACGUCCACAAGGAUCGAGAAUACUCGCACGAAGAAGCGAAAUUCAAGCAGAACAUUACGCGAGCCGCCUACGACUGCGUCAUCAAAGAUAAACUCUCCAUCAUGCCUGUCUUCGUAAACUUGAUUAAGACUGUGAAAGAUCUGAACGUGCUCAAAAGUACGAUGGAGCUAUGGAAUUUACGGAUGAUCAAAGACUUUGUGCUCGGUAAUCGUCUGCGAUCGACUCUGACGAAUUCCGAGUUCAUAUUAUCCUUGCACCAUCAAACCAUCAUGAUCAUGGACGAAUGGGAAGAGGAGAUACGCCCACUCCUGAAAUCGUACAUCCUAGGCGAGCCAUUGGUUUGUCCACAGAAUCUGCAGCACAAACUAACCAAUUACAUUACGUUCUACAAUAUACCCUACGACUUGGAGCACGACAGCGAAGAUCUCGUGCAGCUUAUGUGCAAAACGAUGUCGAUGAACUGCAGCUCUGAGACCAUCGAUAAGAUCUUAAGAAUAUUAGAUUACAUACAAUAAUAAUGUUUGUACAUGGUUAAU